UGCAAAUUCCCUUAUAAAAACCCUCAAAUUUCAAUGGUUUCCCACAAUUCAGAGACAUUGGGGAAAAGAUUUACCCUACACUACAGGGGAGAACAAUGGAGAAGAUGUCACACAGUUCAAAUCGUUGUUGGCUUUUUCUUGUUAUUCUGCUCAUGUUGGCAACACUUUCUCAUCAAGCCUCAUCAAAACCUAAUAAUGUGUUAAAAACAGCCACUUUCCUAUCACCCAAGUUCGAACUCGAACCCGGAUCGGUCCUGAACAAGAACUACUACAACAUCGACUUCCCGAGAGGUCACAUCGCAUUGAAAAGGUUCCAUGCAGAAGUGGUAGAUGAAGCGGGAAACCCAGUCCCGCUUCACGAAACCUAUCUGCACCAUUGGGUUGUUGUGAGAUACUACGUCCGAAAAGACGUUGAGAAUCCGCCGAAUCACGGUUCGCACGGUCUGGGCUUUGAUCACCCGGAUUUGAUUUGGGCCGGGAACUCGGGCGUAUGCGGAAACAUGCUCACGCAAUAUUUUGGGCUCGGGUCCGAGACGAGGAAAACGGACACCCACGUUCCGGACCCGUACGGGAUCGAAGUCGGUAACGUCGAAGAGAUCCCGGAUGGAUAUGAGGAGGGAUGGUUACUUAACCUCCACGCAAUCGACACGCGCGGCGCGGUGGAUAGGUCGGGGUGCACGGAGUGUCGGUGCGGCCUUUACAAUGCGACCGUGGACGAGCACGGGAAGGCGAUAGAAGAAGAAUAUAUGGGAGGCUUGAGAUGUUGCGGUGACGGGACGAGGUGCAGGGUAAAACAGGGAUUUGAGAGUGGUAAAAAGAGAGGUUUAUAUCUGAAGUACAAUGUCACAUAUGUUGAAUGGGAUAGAUCCUCCAUCGUGCCCGUGAAGAUAUACAUAUUCGAUGUCACAGAUACAUGGAGUAAAAAGGACGACGCGGUAAAUGCGUCGUCCCGAGGACACAAUUGCAAGGUUGAGUAUGGUGUUGAAUCAUGUUCACCUAACAAUGGCAAUUUUGGGAAUUGCAUUCAUACCCAAAGUGCAAUUUCAAGUCUGCCCAAUGGUGGGGAUGUCAUUUAUGGGGUGUCCCACCAGCACACUGGAGGGGUGGGCUCUGCCCUAUAUGGAGAGGACGGACGCACACUAUGCUCCUCGUACCCAAUAUAUGGCAAGGGUAAUGAAGCGGGGAACGAAGAGGGCUACAUUGUGGGGAUGACGACCUGUUAUCCUCGGCCCGGUUCGGUUAAGAUUGCAAAGGGGGAAAGGCUAACCAUUGUGUCGAACUACAGCAGCAGCCAGUCCCACACCGGAGUCAUGGGGCUUUUCUACAUCUUGGUUGCCGAACCUCUGCACAAUUCCAAUUAUGCCCUUCAUGAGACAAGUGAGAGGGUGGGCCCAUGGAAUAGCAUUUUGGGACUUGUAGCUUUGUGUGGGGUUGCAGGGCUUAUUGCUGCUAUUGCUGUGAUGAUCAAAACAAGUUCCAAAAGAGAAGACGGUUAUGAACCUAUGUUUGCAUAAUUGUGCCGUGUUUGGCUGUAUAACAUAAUUGGCAUUUUGUGGGGAGUGCUUUUUGUUUUGGUGCCCUUAAUUAUGUGUGUAUGUCCUUACUCAUUUCUACUUCCGUCCCAAAAAAGAUGUUACCCUUCGUUAUUUAAAAAUUACAAGAGUCUUUAUUCAUUUGUAUAUUUUAUUGAUAAUUUGAUAAAAUAAAAUAUUCUUGUCCCU